AUGUCGGUCCCCAACUUCUCUGACAUUGCCAAGCCGGCCAACGACGUGAGUCCUGCUCUCCGAUUGCUGUCCUCAUUCGCCCGAGAGGACGACGGGGGCCACGAAGCGCCCAAUUGCCGACGACAGACCGCCCAAUCACCGCCGUUUUGGAUUGGAUUUGGGUGGGAUGUCGAGAGCAUCCUGCUGAACAAGGACUUCUACCACCUGUCCGCCGGCACGCUCGAGGUCAAGAGCAACACCCCCAACAACGUCGCCUUCAAGGUCAACGGCAAGAACAGCCACGAGAAGACCACCACCGGCACCAGGGUAUGCGUCGGGAGAGGCCCUUUCCGCGAAGAACAUCGUCGGAUGGCGAUAGGCGAGAGAGACGCAUGGGACAAACAUGCCGGCCUUACGACUGCAACUGCACGACUGGCUAGCGUUCGGUGUAUCGAGGGCAAAUACACCGACAGAUCUCUUGGUACGGCAGCACCCAGCAAAAGCAACCACCACAAGUCACGACACCAACGCCAUGUAUCCCACAAUGCAUCUGUAGAUGGUGGCAGCCACGAACAUGCGUCUCGUGGAGCGCCGGACCCUUCUUCAUCACCUCCCCCCUUCACAUCCGGCAGCAAGGAUGUUGCCGACCGGACACGGACAGCCAAGUCGCUUCCGUUGUUGCCGGCUUCUGAAGCCUCUUCCUCUCACUCCUCCUCUCCAGACAUCUCCUCUCCUUCUCUCACUCCUGCUUCCUCUCACCGCCACCCUUCCUCCUCCUCCUCCCCCUCCUCCUCCAAAUCCCACAAAUCUCCCAAGUCCCUCCAAAAUGUCAGCGUCGUCCUGUCUCGCAUUGGCGGUUCCACAAGUGGCCUGCCCGUCGAGGCGGCGAUUGCGCUCUCCCCGAAAGUUUCGACCCUGCUAAUGUUUUACCGUCGCACAGGCCUGACCGUCACCCAGACCUGGAACACGGCCAACGCCCUUGAGUCCAAGCUCGAGCUUGCCGACUCGCUGGCCAAGGGCCUCAAGGCCGAGGGUGUCUUCUCGUUCCUGCCCGCCACCCAGGCCCGCGGUGCCAAGUUCAACCUGCACUUCAAGCAGAGCAGCUUCCACGGCCGCGCCUUCUUCGACCUGCUCAAGGGCCCCACCGCCAACGUCGAUGCCGUCAUCGGCCACGACGGCUUCCUGGCUGGUGCCUCGGCCGGCUACGACGUCAACAAGGCCGCCGUGACCAGCUACAGCGCCGCCGUCGGCUACCAGGCCCCCACGUACUCUGCCGCUGUCACGGCCAGCGACAACCUGAGCAUCUUCGCCGCCAGCUACCACCACAAGGUCAACAGCCAGGUCGAGGCCGCCGCCAAGGCCAUCUGGAACUCCAAGAGCGGCAAUGCCGUCGGCCUCGAGGUCGCCACCAAGUACCGCCUCGACCCCCUGUCGUUCGUCAAGGCCAAGAUCAACGACCGCGGUGUCGCUGCCGUUGCCUACAACGUCCUGCUCCGCGAGGGCGUCACCUUCGGCAUUGGCGCCUCGUUCGACACCCAGAAGCUCGACCAGGCCACCCACAAGGUCGGCACCAGCUUCACCUUUGAGGCUUAA